AUGCGGAUCCGAACCAUCCAGAGAAACGUACCUCGGCUCGUUUCCAAACCGCACAUCCUCCCUGCACUCGAGUCAGCUGGAAUCAAGACAACACACGAUGUGUUAUUUACGCCUCUUGGAGAGCUCUUGAAUCGCCUAUCGGGUGCGGAGGACAUUCUGACGACGGAUAUUAUCGAGUUGCAAGAUGAAAUCGCGGCGUCGGUUGACGACCUUUUGGGCGAAACGCUUUACGGUCCAUAUGUGGUUGAAAUAUCUGGCCAGACGGGGAGCGGGAAAUCGGCAAUAGCCAUGCAAGUCGCUCUACGUAGAUUAGCCUACGAUCCAGACGCAGCACACUUUGGGUUGACUGUUCAAGCGACUUUUCAGUCGAGCGAGCAAAGCGCAUCUGAGACCACAACCACGUCCGUCUUGUCCCGAGUGCAGAUCAUCCUCUCAUUCGAAAUCGACGAAUUUCAGAACACGCUGGACAGUAUCGAGGCCUCGCUAACUGUAAACGACCCCACACUUUUGCAUAUUGAUUAUUCAUUCGCGGUGAUCAUAGGAAAACUCUCAAGCUUCCCUGCGGUACAUAGUCGUCGACCCGAUUACGCCUCUCCUCUCUGGGCAGAUCACAGGUUCGUCAAGCCAAGGACACGCAACAAUGGUCAAUAUCAUGAGACAACUCGCAAGGAUCGCUCAAGAUCACAAUUUGACGGUGAUGGUGCUGAACAAAACAGCCAAUUCGCCCACACGAAAUCCGCUCUCUUCGUUUCCAAGACAACAGCCAAACCCGCGCUCGGACCGACGUUUACAUUCUUGUCUCAUGCAACUAUUUGGUUAAGUACUGCCGAUACAACGCUUGAAAGGCGAGGCAGACAAGGGGAAACGCAUAUAGUCGAGGUAUUCAGGUCUCGCGUGGGCGUUCGUACCUUUCUGCUUUACUUUCGCAACGGGUCUAAUGUGCGUGAUAGCCAGCGCACCGCUGGUGUAUGUUCUCUAUACAGGACGGGGUGGUUUUUAUCCAACCCCCAUUGA